CCAGGGCUCCAGGUGAAGUCUCUCAUCGACAGGAUCACACAGUAACCAUGAGGUCUCUGGUCUUCGUUCUGCUCAUCGGAGCUGCUUUUGCCACGGAGGACGACAAGAUCGUCGGAGGGUAUGAAUGCACACCCUACUCCCAGCCCCAUCAGGUGUCUCUGAACUCUGGCUACCACUUCUGUGGAGGCUCCCUGGUCAACGAGAACUGGGUUGUGUCUGCUGCUCACUGCUACAAGUCCCGUGUGGAGGUGCGUAUGGGCGAGCACAACAUCAAGGUCAAUGAGGGAACCGAGCAGUUCAUCAGCUCCUCCCGUGUCAUCCGCCACCCCAACUACAGCUCCUACAACAUCAACAAUGACAUCAUGCUGAUCAAACUGAGCAAGCCCGCCACCCUCAACCAGUAUGUGCAGCCUGUGGCUCUGCCCACCAGCUGUGCCCCCGCUGGCACCAUGUGCACAGUCUCUGGCUGGGGCAACACCAUGAGCUCCUCUGCUGACAGGAACAAGCUGCAGUGCCUGGACCUCCCCAUCCUGUCCGAGAAGGACUGCAAGAACUCAUACCCUGGCAUGAUCACCCAGGCCAUGUUCUGCGCUGGAUACCUGGAGGGCGGCAAGGACUCUUGCCAGGGUGACUCUGGUGGCCCCGUCGUGUGCAACGGUGAGCUGCAGGGUGUUGUGUCCUGGGGCUACGGAUGUGCUGAGAAGAACCACCCUGGUGUUUACGCCAAGGUCUGCAUCUUCAACGAAUGGCUGGAGAACACCAUGAUGGGGUCAGCAGGUGGCAGGUUGAGUGCAUUGGGGCUGGUGGGGUAUAAAUAUGAGCUGGGUUGUGUCCAGGUGUCUUCUGAUCAUUCACCAGACACAAUGAGACUGCUGGCUCUGCUGCUGAUGGUUGGAGCUGCUGUGGCAGUUCCCCGUGAGGAUGGACGGAUCAUUGGCGGGCGGGACUGUGAGCCUCACUCUCGUCCAUACAUGGCCUCCCUCAACUAUGGCUACCACUUCUGUGGUGGGGUGCUCAUCAACAGGCAGUGGGUGCUCUCUGUUGCCCACUGUUGGUACAAUCCCUAUGCUAUGCAGAUCAUGCUGGGAGAACACGAUGUGCGAGUGUUUGAGGGUACUGAGCAGCUCAUGAAGACCGACACCAUCAUCUGGCACCCUAGUUAUGACUACCAGACUCUGGAUUAUGACAUCAUGCUGAUCAAGCUCUACCACCCUGUGGAGGUGACUGAGGCGGUCGCACCCGUCCAAUUGCCCACAGUGUGCCCAGUUGCGGGGCUCCCCUGUUCUGUGUCUGGCUGGGGAAACACUGCCAUGGGUGAUGAAGUGUUCUUGCCCUACCGCCUGCAGUGUUUGGACGUGCCCAUAGUUGACGAACAGGCCUGUGCGAAUGCCUAUCCUGGCAUGAUCUCACCCAGGAUGAUGUGUGCUGGAUACAUGGAUGGAGGCAGAGAUGCGUGCAAUGGCGACUCUGGCAGCCCUCUGGUGUGUCAUGGAGAAGUCCAUGGCCUGGUGUCAUGGGGUAUGGGAUGUGCCCAGCCUAACUACCCUGGCGUCUACGUCAAAGUGUGUGAGUUCCUCUACUGGAUUCAACACGUCAUGGCAGCCAACCCCUGAAGACAUCACUGGUUUUCCCUCCUCACUUCUUUUAUUUGCUUUCCUCUUUUCCCUGCCCUGUAUGUUACCAUUCAUCCCUAUUUUCUGCCCCAACUUUUAUUUUUCUGUCUUUCUCUGGUGCCUUGUCUCCUUUGAAGUUCUCUCCUUCACACACCCAGACUCAACAAAUAUGUCCAGAACAUAGAAAACACAAUAAAGCCAUUUGGUAUGUA